CACACUUGACUCGUGGUUGCUGUCAAUCAAGGGUUGAGCUCAUUUGUGCUAGUAUUUUCCAGGUGGCGCUUCAUCGAAAUGGAGCGCUUUGUCUCAUCUGUAACACGCCUCACGGCGGACCUUGUUAAGCAUCCGCAAACAAAUUCCAAUGAGGUGGUUGACACGCUCUUCUCUGAAGUGUCUGCUCUUGAAGAUGAUGUGAAAAUUGUGGAUCCACAGCUUGAACAGUGUGCCAUCCAGCUGUGGAACUGGGCUGUUAGUAAGAAUGUAGGCGACUCCGUCAGUACAAGUCAGAAAGCCAAAGCACGACAUGCGGCAUGCUGUCUGAUGUACUGCAGUGAACCGGUUAAUCCACCAGAGGGCACCAUCCGAAAGCAGAUACUCAUGGCCGGCAGAACUGGAAGGACCUGGCUGGAUUGCAAGAAUCCAGAGAUGGCGGACCAUUUCCUCAGGCUGGCUAUCAAGAGUGUGGAAACUUUGUUCGGCCUGCUGACAGCCAGAGGCCACGGCACGCCGGACAAUGACUCAUUGAAAAUGGACGUGGAGAAAGACCUUCUCCGGAUCCUCUCCUAUCAGGCAGAAUCGGCUGUGAUUCAAGGGAGACACCAAGAGGCUGUGGCCCAUGUGCAACGUUGCAAAGACAUGCUGCAUCGCCUACCCACUCAAACGAGCUUCUUGUCUCUAAUGUGCUACAACUUUGGAAUCGACACGUACCACCAUCAAAAGUUUGAAGAAUGUACCUUCUGGUUACGGCAGAGCUAUGACAUCAUCAAGAUUAAUGUGAAAUAUGCCCCUGAAGCCCAGGUCCAGGCCAAAGUUUUGCGUCUUCUGGCCACUGCUUAUCUGGAGUGGGACGCUCUGAGGUUUCACGGCGAGGCCCUUAUUGCUGUGGACAUGGCCAACAAGAAAUGUGUGAGCACCUCUGGGCUCUUCUUAAAGAUCACGAUACUCUUGAGAGGCGGGGCCUCCGAUGAAAGCAUUGCAGCGGGUCUGGACGAGAUGCUGCGAGCUGACGUUUCCCUUGAAAUUUGCCUCAGUGCAGUCAAACUCCUCCUGUCCGAAAACAGAGAAGCGCCGGCAUUCGAGCUUUUGAAACGUGCGAGUCAGCAGUUUGAGUCGUCGCCCGCCCUGGGAACCGCCCUCGUCCUGCACAUCGAGCUCCUGCUGCACAGAGACAAAGAGCUGCUGGGCAAGCAGAAGAUAGAGGAUGUCAUCAACGUGCACUACACGGGAAAGCAGCUGGCACCACAGGACCUCACAAGCCUACAUGCCAUGUUGUGGGAUAAAGCAGCAAAAUACGUCGAGGCGACCGACUACUCUGAGGCGCUUCAGUGGUACAACUACUCUCUGAGUUUCUUCCAGGCCGGAGACAUGGACUCCAACUUGGCCAAACUGCAGAGGAACAGAACUUUCUGCUUCAUGCAACUGAAGCAGCUGGAAAAAGCCAAAGAAGCCGUUCACGAGGCCGAGCGCUGCGACCCCGACAGCAUUUUUACACAAUUCAGUCUUUUCAAGAUCGCCAUGCAUGAGAAUGAUGCGGAGAGAGCUGCCAAGGCGGUGAACACGAUGGCGCUUCUGUCCAAAAAUCUCGAAGCCGCCGGACCCGUGUCUGAGAACGCCACGUCCAGCCUCCUCUGCCGGGCCGCUCAGAUCGCCUUGGAGAACAAACAGCAGGACACGGCCACGAAGGUGCUGGAGAAUUUGUGUGAAACCUGCAAAGAUGAAGCGCUGGUUCUGAAGGCUCUCAGGUGUCUGGUUCGACUCGUACUCACCACCGUGGAAGCAUCUGAUGAUGAGAAAAGGGACGGGAGUCUGGAUGCGCUGCUGCCUUAUUUAAAAAUGGCGCUGCAGAAGCUUUCACAGCGGCUGUGCCUCACAGCGGAGCAGUGCACUGAGGAAGCCAACUGGUUCAGGAAGAUCGCUUGGAACGCGGCACUGCAGUGUGAGAGCAACCCGGACAGAAUGCGGGAUUUCUUUGUGCUCUCCUACCAGCUGUCCCAGAUGUGUCGUCCCGAUCGCGCCAUUCUAAUGGCUCAGAAAACGUGUCUGCUCAUGGCCGCCGCCGCCGCGCUCGAGUGGUGCAGGGCCGCUCCUCACGCCGACCGGACACAAGAUCUCAGUGGGGCUCUGGAGCACAUCGCAUUAUGUACCGAGGUGUGGAAAACCCUGAAGGCAACAGGAAGCUACCCGAAGGACCCGACAGACACACUGCUGCUGCUCUAUGAGUUUGAGGCACGCGCCAAACUCAACGACCCCGAGGUGGCCAGCGUGCUGGACUCCAUCCUGGAGCAGGACAACGUGGAGGCCAAAGUGCUGCAGACCAUUGCAGCUUUAGCCAUGGAACCUCCAGCCCACUUCCCUCUGCUAUGCAAGAAGGCCCUGAGGGUGGCGCUGUCCGUUCACAAGAAACAAGCUCAGGUGGACCCGACGCAGUGCAGCCAGUGCAUCCACAGCCUCAUCAAGCUCUCGCUGCCCAGCGGCGCGUCCCAAAUGGAGGCCCGCCUGCUGCACGAGGCCUGGGACUACUACGAGGAGGCGCUGGCCGUCAUCGCCGCCUCCCCGGACGCUCUUCCGGAGACGCAGAUCCUGUGGCUGCUGACCCGCGCCUGGAACACGGGCAUCCUGCUGUACAGCCUGGCGCGCUACUUGGAGGCGGAGAAGUGGUGCGGCCUGGGCAUGAGCUUCGUGCGCCACCUGGGACCCCUGCAAGACAGCUACAAGACGCAGAUGACUCAGCUCUACAGCAAAAUCCUGGACCGUCUUGAUAGCGCAAAGAACAACACCUCAAUCCUGGAAGGAUAAGCAAACUGGGGCAGCACGUGGCUUUUCAAACCUGUGACGUAUUAGAAUUUGCUUCACUUUUGUUUUCCCUCCCAGUGACGUUUACGUUCACCGUUACACUAAAAGCUGCACAUGAUUUGUUGUGCAACACAUAUUCCGAUUGUUCUAUGCCAAGAAAUGGUUGUGCUCAAGGGGCAUGUUUGAAUUCUGGAAUGAAGUUUGAAAAAAAAAAUGGGUUACAUGUGCAAUAUGCAGAAUUUCCAAGUUAUUCUUUAAUGAAUCAGAAUUAACUGCUUUUGAUUGGAUCUUUGGUACACCAAAACUGUCAUGGGUCAAUGCGACCUGCUGUGUUUGAAUAUUUAUUUUUCAAGAAUUGCUUUUGUGAGAAUUGGAAGAUUGCAGAAAUCUGUAAGCAUUUUGUUGUUGUAUAUUAAUUGCACAUUAAAAAAAGGGGCAUAGAAAGUUGA